GUAAUAUUACUUUGUUUGGAUUAAUUCAAAUAAGAACCGCCUGAUAAACAAAAUUAACACAGAAAAAAACGAAAAUCAUGUCUUCUGAUAAAUGUUUAAUUAGUAAAAUGUUAAAUGAGCUAAAAACCACACGCUCUUCUAUAAAAACACAGACUGUAGCCAUUACCGAUGUGUUGGAUAAGUCUAAUAAUGUUUUGCUACAAAUUGAAGCGUCUAGAAGUCUCAAACCAACAUCCAACGACAAUAAUUCAACGCCUUAUACAUACAAUAAAGAAACUGUGAAUGCUUUAACCAGGAUUGUGGAUAAAUUUAUGAGUUUGUUAAGUGGCUGUGACCUUUCCACCGAAAAUCGCAAUUUUGAAGAGUAUUUAGAGGCGGCCGGUCAAAGAGCAGAGUUUUUGGGUUGUAACGUAAGAAAGCUGUUGGCCAUAUGGGAUACCAUACAACAAAUGCGUAUGGUCUUGGAACGUCAAGAACUUGAGAUCAAUAGCGAUGAUGAUGGCGAUGUAGAGGAUGAUUGUUUUUAAUAAAAAAAAAAUAUAUGUAACACCAUUUUAAUAUGUAGUAAAUAAAUUAAUUUAUAUUGAAAGAAUUAA